CUAGCUCUUACCUUAUUGAUUUGUGACCCUGGUUGGCACCACGAUGAUUGCAUCACCAUGGUAAAGCCACAGAACACAGAAGCCUCUCGUUACAUCCACGCAACUGUGAUCUCCCCGCUAAACCGCAUUGAAUUGUGGUUUCCCGUAGCCACCACGAGGAAGGAAUACUUAAUGAAAGAGCACAGCCAUGAUUAUCACAGCAUAAGUACUAGCACUUUCAAAAUAUUCUCUCUCGGAUUCUCAAUCACCUCAAGGAAUACGAGGAUCACGAUGAAAAGGGGAUAAAUACGAUCAGAAGGGGUGUGUGUCAGAUACAGCGUAACUGGAGCCGUCAAAAUAGGGUCAAAAUUGAGGGGUUGAAAUCUUAAGAUAAUUGUGAGCCGUUUUUAUCCCCUGCAGGA